AUGGGCCGUCGGACAACAGGUCCGGAGGCUGCAGUGCAAUGUAUGAGUCAGCUUUUCGCGUUGGCGUUAUCAGCCGUAGCGGUGACUACGUCGAUGACAGCAGCGUCCAUUCUCACGAUCAACCAGUGCGAUCAACAACCGCCAACCAGCACCAACGACUGUUUCUGCCCUCCGGAGUACGCAAGCCUGCAUCCCGUACCGCUGUGUAUCGGCCUGCGAUCUCCGGGGCCGUGGGAGGACGCAUGUGUCACUUCGGGGAGCAACACCGACUACUACGAUCUGGACAAGGAUGAGAUGAACCUGGUGCGUGUGUUUCUGGCCACGCAGAAUGUGGCGGAGUGUUGGAUAUCGGCCCGGCGUAUUGCUCCCCGUGGGGCUCUGGUACGCCGUCUGCCAGGGAGCAGAUGGAACGAACGGAUUGGACCGGAGUACAAGAAGGUUCCGUUGGUGCCCGGCGACCAGGAUCCGCUCGGGCCGACGGAUCCCGGGUGUGCCGCGAUCGGUGGACCCCAGUUCGGGCAGCUGGUGAUUCGCAACUGCUCCAGGCCACUGCACCAUCUCUGCCUGUACCGCGAGAAGUCAAGCCUGCUGACUGCCUACUGUCCUCCGGGGGAGCAUACCACCCGGUACGCCGCGCCACAGCAGCACUUUUGCUACACCGUACGAGAACUAACGCCCGACACCCAGUCCUGGCUAAGCGGCAACCCCGAGUACGAAAAGCUGAACAUCACGACGGAACGCACCCGCCAUCUUGGGCUCGAACUUCUACAACGGUUCUCAUCGAACACUCGGAAGCCCUGCCCAAAGGAGAUGUUGCCACGACUCUCCGACACCCCAUCCCGGCUGAUAAAGCGUGCCCACCACGACAGCAGCUCUGGGUCGGUGUACAAAUGUGCUGUGUUCCAGCGGUAUGCGUUGAGUGAUGCGGGCGAGCAACCGCCCAGCAUGCAUCUGUACUUCGAUAAGGCGCGCCACAAGCUGUUUCUCACCGUGUACGAAGGGUGGCGGUUUUGGCGCGAGAAGUCGAAGGAUCCCGGUUUUGUCUGCUACACCAACGCGGACGUGGCGCUUAUACGCACGGUGCAAACAUCCCAGGUGCGCAAGUUCCCACUGCACCGACACCGUACUCACCGCGGGGACGACGACGGCGACGACAACAACAGCGACGCCGCCGAUGACAAGCCGGACAACGCGGAAGGAGAGCGAACGAUGUACGAGGUGCGCUUGGUGGACAGCGGGUCGCCCGGGCAGUACUGGUGCGAGGCCCACCUGAUGCCAGGCCUCAAGCAUCUCGUCUCGCAGCCGGUACUUGCUGGACGCCGGCCGGAUGGCAAGAGCUUCUUCUCGGCCACGGUCGACCUGCUGCUAGACCGCUCCGACGUGGAGUCCAUACGGCUCUCGACCUACGAGAGGUUCAUAGAAGAGCACAUCAAACUACACCGGUCCCGUCAGCCCGAGCUGCAGCCCGUCUUCGACCUCAUGAAAUCGACCCAUGUGAAGCGAGUGGACGCUACCUGGGAAGCGCACGACCAAAGUGGCAGCCACACGGUGCGCUUGAUACUGCAUGUCGUCAUGAAGCGCGUCAAAAGUUGGCGCAACUUCCCCGCGAUUCCGGAGCUGGCGGCUAAUGAAAUAGAGUUGCCGGAGAACUACAUGCACUACUACAAGAUGCGGUGGUAUUUAAACAGCGCACUGGAGUCGAUCGCCACCGCCAGCUUCCGGCCGCUCGGUGUGAACAGCACCGAGUACUGCCUACCGGAAAGCCUGCGCGUGUCGCGGGGGGGCAACGUCUGGUGGACAGCUCGGCUGGGCGAAACAGUCGCACCGAAAAACCUCUGCCUGGUGGAGGAGACCGGUCUGCCGUUAACGCGGCGCUGCCUAGGCGACUUCCUGUACGGCUGCGCCUGGGAGCCGGAACAGUGGAUCGGAGUGGAGCAGUGCUCACGCCUGCAGCACCAGGCGACACGCGUCCUGUACGAGUACAGCACUGGCCAGCUGAACCGCAGCAUACUGUCCACCGUCUUCCGGACGGUCGAUGACGUGCUGGCCGUGCCGACAAGCGUGCUACCGGCUGACCUGUUCUACAUCUCGAAAACGCUAGAAAACAUGCGCCACGUGCUCGUUCCAGAAGCGCAGGAAGAGCUGGGAGAGAUGCCCUCCAGCGAACCCACCGGAAAAGAGUCCGAUGUGGGCGAGUACUACUGUAACAUCACCGGCAUCAUGAACCGGUUGAUGUACGUGAACCGAACCAUCGUGGUGCGAUCGCAGCUGGCCCUCAACACGACCAACAUCUUGCUGGAUGCCAUCGAGACCAUGGUGAACGGGAUGGCAUUGGCGAACGACUCGAUGGUUCUGCUCCAGGGUGCCGAGCACGACUGCAACAGCGGUUCGACUGAUGCGGGACAACCUGAGCCGGAGUCGUUGGCUGUGGGGAAGAACAGCGGCACGGUGCUGUUUCGCAGUCCGCGGUUGAUUGUGUUGAUAGUGGACCCAACGGUGGCCAACAUUUCGGGCAUGGCAAUGUUCCGCAGCAACGCAACGAACCACGAUCCGGAAGCGAAUGACCAACGCUCGGAGGACGUGAACGAGGAAGGCGACUUUAGCGACUGUACGAUACGAUACCUGCACAAGAACCAGUCCCAGCAGGCUCUGUUUGCUGAGAGCAACCUAGAGAUAGGCUCGUUCGUGCCGGCGUCGGUGCUCGACGAUCUGGGCUCGCUGCAGGCGGACAUGACGAAGGAAGAACCCGACGAGGAGGCAGUGUUCGCCAGUACCGAGCAGCCGGUGGCAGCAGGUAGUGUCGUCACACCGCCUCCCCUUCGCAUCGUCAUCAUGGUUUACUACAACGAUCGGGCGUUCCGCGAGACCAAAAACGGUACCAUUGCCCGACCGAACUCGAAGAUUAUCAGCGUCACCAUACCGGGGUACGGGUCGCGCAUGCCGGACGAAAUACCGAUCUACACCCGCCAGCACGAUCCGGUGCGGGAGAGUCGCUGCGGCUACUGGUCGUUCGAUGCGGACGACCGACCUGGAGAGUUUGGUCGCUGGUCGUACGACGAGUGUCGGCUGGUGAACGUCUCCGGGUCGGGUGAGCUCACGCAGUGCGGUUGCUACCACCUGACGUCCUUCUCGAGGCUCACCAUGGACACGCAGAUGGUCGAAACGGUUGGCGUGUCGAAGAAGCUGAUCGCGGACAAGAGCACCCUAGCGCUGGAUGUCAUCACCGUGAUCGGGUGCUCGCUGUCACUGCUGGGCGUAAUUGGGAUACUAAUAACGGCGGUCCUCUUCCCGAGCUGGCGCGUCAAGGCGAGCAGCAAGAUCUUGCUGCAGCUAUCCUGCGCCAUCGCCGUCGAGAUGAUUAUCAUCUUCUUCGAGGGGCCGGAUAUCGAUAAGCAGGGUAUCAGCACGCUCGACGAGAUCGAGUGCGCGCUGCUCGGCAGCGUCUUCCACUACAUCAUACUGGUGACGUUCAUGUGGAUGCUGGUGUCGGCCUACCUACAGUUUAUGCGCUACGUCAAGGUGCUCGGCCGGCUGCGCCCAUCGCACUUCAUCCUGAAGGCGACCAUGUGCUGCUGGGGCCUCCCAGCCAUACCAGUCGUCACCGCUCUCAUCGUCGACCAUCGGCUCUACCUGAAGCAGGACAACUUCUCCGACAUUUGCUAUCCGCACGGCAGCGCGCUGUUCUACGGCCUGCUGCUCCCGAUCGGUUCGAUCAUUUUCCUCAACUUCAUCAGCUUUGUGUUUGUGCUGUACAACAUCUUCACCAUUCCCAGCAACCUCACCAAGACGGCCGAUCACGACAUGACGCUGGCGCAGCUACGCCUGUCCGUGUUCCUGUUCUUCCUGCUCGGCCUGCCGUGGAUCUUCGGUAUGCUCACCACCGGCAGCGUCGAUAAGCUGUUUGCCUACCUCUUCUGUCUCACUGCGCCCCUGCAAGGCUUCGUGCUGUUCGUGUACUUCAUCGUCAUGGAUCCGAUUGCGCGGCGGCUGUGGCUACGGAAGCUGCAGCGCUGCCCGUGCCUGACACGGCUCGGCAAACAGCUGGACGAGAAGGAAACGACCUCGCCUAGCACCUCGUUCAAUACGCAUCUUUAG